GGUGGCGGAGCGGGAAACGAGGGCACCACACCGGUGCCCAUCGACCAGCGCGGCCCUGAGCUGACGUUCGCCGAGACUGGGCAGGAGAAGACUUUCGUUUUCGCCAAAAAUAACACGUUUAUUCAAAUGGACGGCGACAUCAUACAGACGUUUCAAUUAAGACUAUGUCGUGAAAUUUCAUUUCAAUUUCGCACACGACUGCCGCACGGACUGCUAGUCUAUCACAACGUUAAGAAUCCGGAUCGCAUUAAUUUGGACCCCUAUGCACUCUAUGUGAUUGUCGAGAAGGGUCAACUAAAGGUGGUACAUGUCUUUGGCAAGCAUUCAACGAGUGUCACAGUGGGUGAGAGUUUGAAUCGAGAUGAAUGGCACAGCGUCAUGGUGCGCAUCGAUGUCCAUGGUGCAAGAUUAAUUGCACGCGUCGACAAUAGUCAGGAGGAGGUCUAUCUGAAAGGUCUGAAUCACGAGUACAACUAUGGCGUCUCCACGAAUCUGCCAUCGGUGGUUCUGGUCGGAGGCCUCUCCUCGGAGGAAAAGCUGCAUGGCGUCAAAUAUAUCACGGAAUCGUUUGUGGGCUGCAUACGGAAUGUUGUGCUUAGCUCUGGAAAAGCCGCCUCCGAUUUGCUGCCCAUUGCUCCUUUGGUGGCCACCAAGCACGAGAACGUCAACGAGGGGUGCUCCGAUAUGUGCGACUCUCGCCACAAUCUGUGCUUUGUCGGAUCCCGCUGCAUUAACCAUUACGCCGACUAUUCGUGCGACUGCUUCGGCACCCACUACGAGGGCGAGCAUUGCGACAUUUACACUGCCACUAUCAUCACUUUACGCGGCGCCAGCUACGUCUCCUACCGCAUCUACGACUGGAAAGAUCGGGUGCACUCGAACACUAUUCGCAUUAGCCUCAUGUUUCGCACGAAUUUCGACGACUCUGCGCUUUUCUAUGCUAGCGGGGAGUCACUGAAGCAUCAGUACAUAGCCGCCUCCAUUAAGAACCAGUCGAUCUAUGUGGAACUGGACUUUGGCGACAACGUCAUGUCUACAGUGCUGACUGAUGAGCUAACUCGCGGCUAUUGGCACAACCUGACAAUAUUGCAUGAACAGCGCUCGGUGACCAUUAUACUUGAUCACCAGAUGAAGAUGCUGGACCUGCCCGCCACCGCCAGCGCAAAUUUACUCUUCGAUCCAGAAAUUUAUUUUGGCGGCGGCCCGGAGCUACACAAAAAGAAGGGGCUAGCCUCGCACAACAACUUUGUCGGCAGCUUAAAGUAUGUCUACUACAAUGACAUAUCCAUUCUAUAUGAGCUGCAGCGUGGCAAUCCAAAAGUGCACUAUCAUGGUGUGCUGGAGGCGGAAUUCUUUGAGAAUGAAGUGAACGUCAUACCCAUCACAUAUCCCUUUGCGACAUCACACAUUUGGUGGCCCAUAAAUCACGCCCAAGAAUUUAAUAUUAAAUUCGAUUUCCGCAGCAGUCGACCGGGCGCGGUGCUGGCCUACAGUGACGUAACGACGAGUGCCGGAAAUGGCUUCUGGGAGAUCCGUCUAACAUCGGACAAGCUGAGCUUCGAUUUAGUGCCCGAUGUGAACAACAACGUCACCCACUCGACCACCAUCAAAAUCAAUCGCUCCACCUCCUGGCACAGCGUCGAGUUGAACUACAAGGGAGGCGAAAUCAAAUUUACGGUGGACUACCGUCAUACGCUUAGCCAAAUGUUUGGUCUUACCUUCAACAUCGGCGACAAGCUGAUCAUUGGCAGCAGCCUUAAGUCGGCAGCUCUCGGUCUGGUUGGCUGUAUACGCGACAUUGAGAUCAAUGGCCAUCUCAUCGAACCACGGCACGUGGUCAAGACGGAGCGUGUGGUCGGCGAAGUGGCUCUCGACAACUGCAACUACAUCGAUCCCUGCAAGCGGCCGAAUACCUGCGAACAUGGCGGCAAGUGUUUCGUCAAGGACGAUCGCGUCACCUGCGAUUGCAAGCACACAGGCUACAUUGGCAAGAACUGCCACUUCACCAAGUACCGCAAGACGUGUGAGGAGUUGGCCCUGCUCGGCUUCACCAAGUCGGAUGUCUACCUCAUCGAUAUCGAUGGGAAUGGAGUGUUUCCGCCAGCUCAUGUCAAGUGCGACUUUCAGAGCCUCGAGAACGCAACUAAAACAAUCGUCGAGCAUAAUCUGCCCAGUCAGGUGGAUGUGCGAAGUGCUCGUGAAUCGGACUUCAGCUUCAACAUACGCUACCGAGAAUUCUCGCCUCACAUGCUCCAGGAACUGAUCUCACACUCGCUCUACUGCACACAGUACAUUAAGUACGACUGUUAUCGCGCCCAGCUGGAGCUGCAUUCGGCCACUUGGUUCACAUCGUCGGCCAAGAAUCAAACUGUUGACUUUCUGGGAAAUGUCAAGAGAGGCGCCUGUCCAUGUUCGGUGAACAAGACGUGUGUGGACCCAAAUCAAUCAUGUAACUGUGACGUGAAGGAGAACAAGUGGAACUCGGACGAGGGCUUCUACCGAGAACCGCACAGUCUGGGCAUCACUAACAUGUACUUUCUGCAGCAAAAAGAUCUAGACGAUGAGGCACAGGGACGCAUAACACUGGGUCCGCUUGAGUGUGUGGAAACAAAUACGCAGAAGUACGUGGUCACCUUCACGACCUCGCAGUCGUACAUUGAGGUGCCUGGCUGGCGCAAAGGCGACAUUGCCUUCUCCUUCCGCACCACCGGCGAGAAGGCCAUCCUACUCUUCCAGCCCCCCAUACGCGCCCACUAUCCCUCGUUCAUGGUGGCGCUGACCGGCGACUACCAGCUGACGUUCAAUUUCACGCUCAGCACGGGCACCACGCGCGAACUGGUGAUUAACUCGCACCGCAGGUUGAACGGCGGCGAGUGGCAUAAAAUAUGGAUCGACUACAACGAGUAUCAUGUGCGAUUCAUGAUAAACACCGACUACCAGAUGCUCGAUCUCUUGCCUGAGGAGGAAUUUGGACCGUUUGAGGGCAGCAUGUACAUUGGCGGGGCGACACUGGAUCUGCUGAAGAAAUUGUCUGUGAAGGCUGGCCUUAUUGGCUGUUUCCGUGGACUGGUUGUCAAUGGUGAAAUACUGGACAUCUACAGCUAUAUGUCCGUGCAUCUGUCAGAGAUCAUCAAGGACUGUAAGCCGUCUUGUGUACCCUCUCCCUGUAAGAAUGGGGCGCAAUGCAAGGAGCUAUGGAGCAGCUUUAAGUGCGUUUGCAACAAUCCCUGGGCGCAUAUUGGCGAAUUCUGCGAGACAAAUAUCAACGAAAAGGCUCUAACCUUCAUCAAUCGCGAGUCAUUCCUGAUGCGCAACUAUCUAAGCGUGGCACCAACGACAGCGAUGCUGUUGCAUGGCAUUGAGAGCGAGGGGGAGCGUGAUAUACUCAAGGGCAUACUUAGUCAGGAUAUGCUCAUAAACUUGCGCUCCUACGACACCAACGCCUUAGUGCUUUAUGCCAACGAUCACUACAACAACUUUGUCCAACUCUAUGUCAGUCAAGCACGAGAAAUUGUUUUCCUCUACAACUAUGGCGAUGAAAUUGUAAACCUGACACUCCUGGACGAUACGCUGGUGGCCUCUCUAAAAAGCAUCCAGGUUGCCAUUGUGCGUGGAGAGCAGGAGACGCGCAUGCACGUCAAUCAGCGUAGCGUUAGUGUCGAUCGGGGUGUUCUACUUUCGGAUGAGUACGCCAAUAAGCCCUGGAGCAACCCUGAGAAAGAGGUCCUCUCGCCGCACCGACCCCCCGCCCCACCCACCGAAUAUUUUCAAUUCCACGUCGGCGGCUAUGAUCCGGCGAAUUUGCUUCGCCCGAAUUUGGAUGCACCCGCUUUAGAGGGCUACAUUGGCUGUGUCCGUGGUCUCAAAAUCGGUGCGCAGUUGAUCGACUUGGCGGAAAUCAAUGAAAGGAAUAUAGCGCCGAUUCAAAACGGCGUGCUGCCCAAUUGCCAGAUUAAAUGUGAUGCGGAGCCGUGUAAGAAUGGCGGUAUUUGCCAGGAACACUUUGCCAAACAGAUAUCCACCUGUGAUUGCGAGCACACAAGCUUCCUGGGCGAGUUCUGUUCGGAGGAGAAAGGAGCCGAUUUCAGUGGCGAGUCGACACUGCAACGCAAAUUCGAACUACCAGGCCGCGUACACUACAUGCGCCUGCAGCUGGCGUUCUCGUCCUUCGAUCUGCGACGUGCGAACCGCAUCAUGUUGCUCCUACAGACUGCGGAGGAGCGCAGCUAUUACCUUCUGCUGGCCAUCACCUCUGACGGCUACCUGCAAUUCGAGGAGGAUCGUGAGGGCGGUCUGAUGAUGGCCGCACGAGUCGACAGAAAUUUCCUGAACAGUGCCCGUCAUUCAGUUUAUUAUGAGCGCAACGGGACUCAGGCAAGACUCUACAUCGAUCGAGAGCAGGUGCAGCUGGCAGAGAAGCCGGCACGCGUGCUCACGACCAACGGAGAUGCGGGCGCGAAUCGCGUGCAUAUCGGCGGCAUCAAUACGACAGACUCACGCUUUGCGGUCUUCAAGAGUUACAGCGGUUGUUUGUCCAACAUUUACAUACAAGUGAACGGACACAUUAUGAAGCCACUCGAGGAGUAUAUGCUAUUCACCAAGUCUGGAGCCGACAACAUAACGGUCAUAAAUCCGCAGGGCGUACGCAGCGCCCAAUGCAAUGCAAAAUUCGAUGUGUCCGAACAGCCCACACAGGAGCCAAUGGUCAACGUCAGCAUGAUUCCUGAGCCCUGGGUUGAGGAGCCGCCGCAACGCGUGCCAUACAUAUCGAAAUUCGUUUAUGACGUGGACAAGAAGGAGGACUCCACUCAGGUUGUCUUCAUUACGCUGACGAGCGUGUUCGUCAUCAUUGUCAUUUGCUGCCUGCUCGAGGUAUAUCGCAGCCAUCUGGCGUACAAGAAACGCAUCGAGCGCGAAACGGACGAGGACAUUAUUUGGUCCAAGGAGCAGGCCACGAAAAUGCACGAGUCGCCAGCUGUUAAGGGCACGGGCGCAGGCAGCGCUGGUCCGCCCUACGGCUACAAGCCGCUGCCGCAAGACGACAAGAAACCUGGCAACGGCCAGCCGUUGGUGGGCAUCCUGAAGAAUGGCAGCGCAGCAACAGCGACAUCGGCGCCCACAACGCCCACAGCAGCAACUAAGAAUGGCGACAUAGCAAAGCGCAUUGAAGAGGAAGACGACGAGGAUGAGGCUUCUGAAGAGGUGCAUGAGCCAACGGCUCCACAACAGCAUGAAUUAAAUGACGCAGUAGUCGAGCCCCAGCCACUCGCAGAGCGGCAGAAUGGGCCCAGCCCAGCAGAGGAUUCCACCGCUCAGCCGGACACAACAACAACAGCAUCAAAUGCCGCGGCACCUCCAGCAGCAUCAGUAACGCCUCCUCCGCCCACGCUGGACACUGGGGAGCGCGAACACGGCCAUGAGAAGGAACAAGUGUCUCCGACGCUACCGCAGCAGCAACAACAACAACAGCUACAACAACGAAAUCCUGAAAAUCAAAGGCUGCACCACCAGCAGCAGCAACAACAGCAACAACAACAACAGCCGCGACAACAGCCGCUACAAAGAGCUGCAACACUUCAGCAGCAGAACUCAAAACGACGUAAACCACCAACGACAGUGCGACGUCAAGUGUCUUGGGGACCUCCGACCGUAGCCGAAACGGAUGUGGAUUUGGCUGUGGCUGUCGGGACUGGAUCUGGGACUGGGACUGGGACUGCCACCAAACAGCAGACCACGUCAAAGACUGGCAAACAAAAUGGCUACCAUGGCGUGAAUAGACGGGCAACAUCAGCCAGAAACUGACACUGCGCUGACAAAUAAACGAGAGACAUAAGCAUAAAUAUUUGAGCAAAUUAUGUUAGGCAACGAAGAGAGUUCUGUGAAGCAGCUGCUUCAAUAUAAAAAUACAAUAUACUUGUAAAAUAAAAUGGAAGCAGAGUUUGCAAUAACAUGGA